CCAUACAAGUAACACUAAAGGUCUUUCGCCAUCAUAGUUCUCGGCUGGCCUGUAGUAUAUCAGGGAAGGAAAAUAUAGCUAAGUGGCUAAAUUUUUGUCAUGGCUGAUGAACCAAAAUUAAGCAGCGUCAUUCGUGAAUAUCGUGUUGUUCUUCCUUUAUCAGUGGAUGAAUAUCAUAUAGGACAGCUUUAUGGUGUUGCCGAGGCCAGUAAGAACGAAACAGGAGGAGGGGAAGGUAUCGAAGUUGUCAAAAAUGAGCCAUUCGAAGGACUUAUACAGGGUGAAGGAAGUGGAAAGGUAUGGCAAGGUCAGUAUACCUACAAAAUUAUUCAUUUAUCAAGCAAAGUUCCAAAAUUCGUCAGACUUCUUGCUCCAAAGGGGUCUUUAGAAAUGGUAGAAGAAGCAUGGAAUUGUUAUCCAUAUUGCAUGACAAGGUAUUCUAAUCCAUAUAUGAAGGAGAGUUUUCAUAUAAUUAUUGAGACCCGUCAUGAAUCCGGUACUGGCGAUAUAGAAAAUGUUCACCAUCUUUCUCAAAAAGAAUUGGCAAAACGUCAGGUAGACAAAAUUGAUAUAGCUAAUGAUCCGUGUGAUCCUCGUGAUUAUAAAAUAGAUGAAGAUCCUGCUAAAUUUAAAUCCGAGAAAACUGGUCGUGGUCCUUUAAGUGGAAAAGAAUGGGAGAAAUCCCAAGAUCCUGUUAUGUGCUGCUAUAAAUUAUAUCGCAUUGAGUUUAAGUGGUGGGGCCUCCAAACAAAGGUGGAAAAUUUAAUUGUUAAAUCUGUAAGACGACUCUUGUUUAACUUUCAUCGUCAAGUUUUUUGUUGGAUAGAUAAAUGGUUCGGAAUGACAAUUGAAGAUAUCCGAGAGUUAGAAGCACAGACAAAGAAAGAAUUAGAUGAAAUGAGGCAAACCGGUACAGUAAAAGGCAUGUCAGAAUAAUGUACAUAAUGGCAUUUCGUUACAAAAGCUUGAUAAUAAGCAUACACCAUGGAUUUUAAUAAUAGGUGUAAAUUACAUUAAAAUUGAUUUAAAAAAUUGUGAAAUUUGGGGAACUAUUUAAAGAGUGCUUCACUUUAGUUAUUCAAGCUAAUAGACAACAUUUUAGGUCAUCUAUAUCUAAAAGUUUAUUCAUUGUGAAACCUCACUGGUGUAUCAUCACAUUUUACUUCGAUAAAAUACUCUCUCAGUAAAAAUAAUAUUGAUUUUCCCUUUUGUGGCUCAAGGCCAAAUUUAGUCAUCAAUAAGCAAGGGAAUUAGGUCAAAAACCACUUGAAAGACUUAUUUGAUAAAAGGGAAAUAGGAGAAGUAAAGUAAGAAAUUCUAUUAUCCACAUGUCCACCACAUCCCGCAUUUCAGUUUGAAGCUAUAAAACAAUGAAUAAAUUUUUAUACAUAGAUGGCCUUUCAGAUGUUUCCAGUAAAUGUUAUAUAGACUGUGACUUCUCUGCUUUGUAUUUUAUACCUACUUUAUUCCAAUUUUUCACACUAUUCUCAUUCCUAAUUUCUAUAGUAUUGUGACAAAACUUUAUACACAGCACAGUUCAUUGAUAAAAAUUGCAAGCUCUAUAUCAUGUAAAGUCACUAGGAGAUAAGCAUAUUUUUUUGGAUUUUAUUAAUAGGUAAGCUUCUUGAAUCAGCCAGGUAUUUUUUCACUAACACAAACGUUUUUUAAAUACUAUAUCAUAGAAAAUUACAAAGUAAACACAAACAUCAGAUAUUUACACUGCUGAUUCAUGUUGAAAAUGUCUUUGCAAUAUAACUUGCAAUAUUACUUAAAGCAACUGCUUCAUCAAUGUGUUUACGCUCUUGGAAGGUUUGUCCGCAAAUCCAAACACAUUCUCAAUUCUUGAAAUUUUUCCUAUUUCGAACAAAGUUCCUGUCUUUUUUUGUUAAUUCAAAAUAUUAUGUCUCUCGCUUGUUAGAAUUAAAGGAUGUAUUGAAAAAUCAACUGAGUAUAAAGGAGAAGGUAUUUGUUCAAUAGCAUAUAUUCUACUACUUUCUAUCUUUUAAGUACUUUUUGAACUGCUUGUAAAUUUUUAUAGUGACUAUAUAAAUCUUUUGGAUAAAUCUCUCCCAGGACAAAGGAGAAAUAAAUAUUUUAUUUGUGAAUUACAUGACGCAUAUUUUGGACAUGUUUUUUGCUAGUCAAAUAUAAUCAAUGUCUUUUUCUA